GUGAAUAGCACACACAUGCAAGCGCUCCUGCAGCACAGCAGUGCUUUGUGUUUGGAUGAUAGCCAGUGGCUGAUUGUCGCUGGAACGGGGCGGGCAAGCAAGUGGCGAUGGAACCGGAGAAGACUAACGCCGUAAAAGGCCAGCGUGCAGGUAUGCCGCAACAAGGCGCCACGGUCAGCUUCCAUGACAUUCACUACAAGGUGACGCAGGCCGGAGGAUGUUUGUGCUGGAGGAAGAAGAGCACCACCAAAGAUAUCCUCAUUGACCUCAAUGGGAUCAUGAAGCCGGGGCUCAAUGCCAUCAUGGGAGCCACCGGAAGUGGCAAGUCGUCAUUCCUGGACGUUUUAGCUGGUAGGAAGGACCCAGCAGGCCUGUCAGGUGAAGUCCUCAUCGACGGCGCCUCUCAACCGCCCAAUUUUAAAUGUCUGUCAGGAUACGUGGUGCAGGACGACGUGGUGAUGGGAACCUUGACAGUCAGAGAGAACUUCAGCUUCUCUGCGGCGCUCCGUCUACCGUCCAGUGUUUCUCAGGCCGUCAAGGAGCAGAAAGUGGUGCAACUGAUCCAGGAACUCGGGCUGACCCGCGUUGCAGACUCCAGGGUUGGCACCCAGCUGAUUCGCGGCAUCUCCGGGGGCGAGCGGAAGCGCACCAACAUUGGCAUGGAGCUCAUCAUCGACCCGCCCGUUCUCUUCCUGGAUGAACCCACUACCGGGCUGGAUGCCAGCACCGCCAACUCUGUGCUGAAGCUGCUCAAAAGGAUUGCCAACAGUGGGCGCACUAUCAUCCUUUCCAUUCAUCAGCCUCGCUAUUCCAUCUACCGCCUCUUUGACAGCCUCACGCUGCUAGUCAACGGCAAACAGGUGUACCACGGUCUGGCAGAGAGCGCCCUGAACUACUUUUCAGAAAUCGGAUACACCUGUGAGCCUCACAACAACCCUGCAGACUUCUUCCUGGACGUCAUCAACGGGGACUCCACCGCUAUCGGCAUCGGCAGUACGGACGGAGAAGAAUUGGACUCAGUGUUGAAGUCCAGGCAGGGAAUCGAGGACAAACUGGUGGAGGAAUACAGAAACUGUCAUGACUUUAAACAGACCAAAGCAGAGUUGGAGAGAAUCAUUCAGGGCAAGAAGUCGAGCUGCUCCGCUCACUCUAGAGCCAUCACCUACAAUACCAGCUUCCUGACACAGUUCCGCUGGGUUCUUAAGAGGACGUUCCAAAACCUCCUGCUCAACCCGCAGACCUCCAUCGCUCAGGUUGCAGUUACGUUGUUCCUUGCUCUGGUUGUUGGAGCCAUUUUCUUCAACGUCCAGGAAGAUCAGAGUGGAAUCCAAAACAGAUUCGGCGCACUCUUCUUCAUCACCGUCAACCAGUGUUUCAGCUCCUUGUCGUCGGCAGAGCUCUUCAUUUCGGAGAGGAAACUCUUCAUUCAUGAGUACAUAAGCGGCUACUACCGUGUGUCGGUCUACUUCCUGUCCAAGAUCCUCUCCGACAUCCUCACAUUGAGGACCAUCCCCACAAUUGUGUUCAGCUGUGUGGCCUACUUCAUGAUUGGUCUGAAGCCCACGCCAGAGGCGUUCUUCCUCUUUAUGUUCACCGUAAUUCUGGUGGCCUACACCGCCACCGCCAUGGCACUGGCCAUCUCUGCCGACCAGACGGUGGUGGCCAUCGGCAACAUCUUCAUGACCAUCGCCUGCGUCUUCAUGAUGAUCUUCGCAGGCUUGCUGGUCAAUCUUACCACCAUCGUCAGCUGGCUGGCAUGGUUGAAAUACUUGAGUAUACCACGCUAUGGCCUUGGUGCUCUGCAAGUGAACGAGUUCUACGGGCUGGACUUCUGCCGCGGCCUCAACAGCAGCAGUCGUCCGCCAGGGAUAAUUUGCAGGGGGCAGGACUUCUUGGAGGAGCAGGGCGUGGAAUACUCCGCUUGGGGCUUCUGGCAGAACCACGUGGCCCUCGGGGUCAUGACCGUGUGCUUCCUCGCCAUCGCUUACCUCAAACUGCGCUUCAUCAGGAAGUUCACCUAGACCGGCUGGGCCACAGCUGAACACAAAACCAGAUAUUGGAACGAUGGCACUGACUUCCGGCAAAGCGCGUGGACGCCACCAAAGUCCGUGCGGAGUAAGCAAAUGCCGACUAACUCAUGACUCUUUUUGCUCACAACAAUAAA